AAUAAAUAAAGGACGACCAGCCGACUACAUUACUUCCGGUUGACAUUGGCUGACGUCCUCAAACUUCCCUGCAUGAUGUAUGCGUGAACAGCAUGUAGCGGUGACACUUGUGUAACUGAUAGCUGCCCCUGUGACCGCACACACCACGUAUGGGUUUAAAUACAAUUGCCUCAGAUUGGUCUUACUCAUCCUGAGUUUCUUUUGUCAUCGUGUACGUAGCGUACUCCUGGCACCCCGAUUUGUGAUGGAUUUUUUUUUUAGACGUUUGCGAGCAAUAAGCAAGUAUUGAAGUAGUAUCGUAUCUUAAUUCGAAUGCUAAGUCAGGCUCUGUAAACACGCGUUUGUGGACGUAUGGCGUGCUCAGUCGUUAUUUUGAGGUUAAAGUCUGUAAGACCAUCGGGGUCACAUACUUCUUCCAUUCAUCGUCACAAUCUACUUCUACAGUGUUUAAAGACAGCAGGCCUAGUGUAUGAAGAGCCAGGUGUGAAAUAUCUGUCUGAGACCUUCAAUCUAAGAAAGCGACAUCCACAGGCCAGGAAAUUUGGUACACAUGACAUUGCAGACAAAAAUCCUUGUAUAAUAAAUCAUGCACUGCAGCUGCAAAACUUUGAUGUCACCAAAAUGAAAAGAACUCAUGAGUGUUCAUCAGACAUUAACGUGAUUGCAGUUAAUACAAUAAGACAGUCGAACAAAAAAACUUCUGAUUCAGGAGGAUUAAGCUCGGACGUUAAUAUAGGGGCAGAAGAAGUCUCCUCUACUGCAGCAGCAUUCAAAAAGAGUGGAGAGGCUGAUGUUGGAUCAUAUUCAAAAACGGCAUUUGAUAUAACUAAAAGAACCUCCCGCAGACAUGCUGCAACAAGCCAGCAGAAACAUACAGGUCAGAAUGCUGAUCAUAGAAGCGGAGACUCGUGCAAUACUGUUGCCUAUGAAUGUGGUCUACCUUCUUAUUGGGAAAAGUCAGCAAAGAUUCCUUCAGGUACUACAUACCAUGCACACCCUGGUGGUUCCCAGGUAGUUAGUUAUCCUUUGUCAAGCAUUCAGGCCAAAUGCUCCCUCUCAUCGGCAGGUUGGAGCCCAGUUCGUCAGUGCCACACAGCUUCACAGAUUAUGGCUUCAACACACAGGCAUCAACUAUGGGCUGAAGAAAAAAUCCAUGAUGGAGAGCAAGCCAAAAGUUUACAGAAACAAAAGUUUAAAGAUGAAAUGUUUGUAGAAAAGAAAUCUAGUUCUGCUUUUGCUGAAAGCAAAGGUUCAAUACCUUAUUCAUCAGAUAUUCAUGAAGCAAGAUGCAGUGAAAUGCAUUCACCAGGAGACACAGGCUGCAGGAUAGAUGAAUCAGAAAAAUGGAACCUAGAGUCUUAUUUCAGAAAGUUAGAGAUGCUGCCACGCAGAUGGGAAGAUACCUGGUUAGGUAAAAAAACCAAAAGUUUAAAGCUCAACAGACAAAAAAAGCAGAAGACACAGGAAGUGGAGUUUACCAUCAUGACCUACAAUAUUUUGGCACAGCGUCUUUUGGAGGAUCACCAUCACCUGUAUGGAUCCAGUAGUCUGAGUGCCACAGACUGGAAUUUACGCAGGCACCGACUGGUGGCUGAGAUUUCUUACCAUCGACCAGAUAUUGUCAAUUUACAGGAAGUCCAGUCAGAUGACUUUAAAGAUUAUCUCUUACCAGAACUUGAGAAAUUAGGCUAUUCAGGAGUAUAUGAAAAGCGCAAGGGGGACAAGUGUGAUGGCUGUGCCACACUGUGGCAAAACAGGAAGUUCCGACUGCUGCGCAGCACUCCUGUAGAUUACUGUCGGGGAGGGCUGCUCGAUAGAAACAACAUUGCUUUGUUAGUUGAGCUGCAGCCAUGUCGCAAAUUGAUCAAGCACCAUCUGCAGGAAGGUGAGGACAAGAUUCUAGUGGCCAACACCCACAUUCUGUUUAAUCCACGCCGAGGUGACAUCAAACUUGCUCAGCUUAUGGUCCUUCUGGCAGAAAUUGACAAGCAUGCUUACCUUGGCCCAAGGGAAGUACAGCCAAAAAGUGAGCAGCAUCCUUCAGAGCAGAUUGAGCUGAAUGUCAGAGCUGGUGGAGCAUGUUACUGCCCAAGUCAUCAUCACUGGAGACUUUAAUAUGGAGCCAUACUGCCAGCUAUACAAGUUUCUUAUCACAGGAUACCUGCAGUAUGAGGGACAGCUGAUUCGAGCCAUGUCUGGUCAAGAGGAAGGACAGUAUGGUAACAACAGGACUCUUGAGCAGAAUUUUUUCUCGUCGGAC